UUAUAUAUUACCAUAACCUGGUGGUUGAUGGUGAUACUAUGAGUGUGAUAGGCCUAAGGCUUAAUUUUUUGGACUUUAUAUCACGUUAUUAGGCCUUUACGUCAUAUAUAUUCUUUAGACUUUAUGUUUAUUUAGUAUUUUACUAUCUGGUCUUUUGUAGGAAACACAAGUAAAAACAAGGCAUCUACUCAUUUUAAGCUUAUGAAUAUCUUUUUUGAAUUAAAAUAUACUUUUUCUCUUCCUUAUCCAACAAGUUUUUAUUAGAUUUAGAGUUUGAAUCAAUACUUUUAGUGUUAACAUCUCAACUUAGUAUUUUAUCACUGAGUUUUAUACCAGGCAAAGCAUUUCACAAGUUGAUGACUGUCCGGAAAGUUGUUAUGGAAGCUAAGCUAAAAGUAUAACUCCUUUGCAACUUGUAACAAGAUAAUACACCCAAUUGUGAAAGAGUGGACAUGGGAAAUUUACUUAAGUUGUUGUACAGGGAUGAAACACCCAAAUAUGAUGUAUUUGUGGACUUUGAAAAUGCAAAACCUUCACAAUCUGAAAUGGCAACCUAUCAUAUUGUACAAGAAGUUCUAAAGCAUUCAAGAGAAAUUUUAGCUGACCUCAGGAUUUAUAAAGGAGCAGGAAAUGAAAUAAAAGUGGCAAUUGGGAACCCUCAGAAUAAGCAGUCCCAGAGUGCAGCUUGGGAAGUUGUUAUACCUCUGGUCACCAAGCUCAGAGAAUUCUAUGAAUUCUCCAAGAAAUUAGAGCAAGUUGUUCCUCAUAUCCUGUGGGAUUUGUGUUCUGGUCCAAUGACUCCAAUGCAGCACUUAGAGACUCAACAAGCCUUAGUCAAACAAUUUGCUGAAAUCUUGGAUUUUGUGUUAGAAUUUGAUGACUUAAAAAUGACUAACCCAGCAAUACAAAAUGACUUCAGCUACUAUAGAAGGACAGUCAGUCGACUAAGGAUAGCCAAUCAGGAUAAUAUUGAAAAUGAGGAUUUGGAAGUUCCGAAUGAACUGGCCAACCGAAUGUCACUGUUUUAUGCUCAUGCUACACCAAUGCUGAAGGUUCUCAGUGAUACUACAUCACAGUUUGUCAGUGACAAUAAAGAUCUACCUGUCGAAAACACGUCCGAAACUUUGGGAACAAUGGCAAAAGUCUGUCAACGAAUGGUCGAAAAUCCGGAAUUGUGUGCUAGGUUUAAUCACGAGGACACAAGUUUGUUUGUGUUGAGAGUAAUGGUUGGUGUAGUUAUCCUCUAUGACCACGUCCAUCCUGCAGGUGCCUUUGUUAAAUCUUCACAUAUAGAUAUAAAAAGUUGCAUCAAAGUACUGAAAGAAUACCCUCCUGAAGUGGUGGAAAGCUUGUUAAAUGCUCUCAGGUAUACCACUAUUCAUUUAAAUGAUGAAUCUACUCCAAAGCACAUCAAGAAUAUGCUUCAGUAAGUUUGUUGUCAGACUUUCUGAACUAAAGAAUAGGAGAGAUUCUUACACCGUCUAGUGCAAGAUGACUUUGUUGUCAUAACAUCAGUACUGGAAAACCUUUUAACAGAGACAAACACAGUGUUUGUUAAAGAAAUGAACGAACAUGUAAACUGGUACCAAUCUGAAAGGUGUAAAAAAUUUACAAAAACUGAGAAAAAAAAGUGUAGCUUGUAUAAACUUAAAGAAAUUUAGUGAUUGCUCUAUGGUUUACCCAAAAAUGAACAGGAACAUUAUAGACAAUUAGCUUCUACAUUAUAGUUCUUAGAGUAAAAAAAAUGUUUCUAUUCAAUUACAAAAAACUAACAUUUUCAUUAUAUUUCUAUAAAAAAACAUGAAGAUAUUGUGUUUUUAUAUUUUUUACUCUAAAGUAGAAUCGACAUUAUAGUUGAAAAAAACAGGACUUGUUAGAUUUUUUAUAAUAAAAUAGUACCUUUUGAAUUGAUUUAAAAUAUGAAUAUAUUGAAAUCAGAACAGAAAUUACUCUGUAGUUUAAAUAAGAACAUUAGAUUAACUCUACAAAAGUAACAUUAAUAAUGUUUGAACUGGUCUUGAAAGUUAAAAUGUUGUUAUGAAACUUUAUCUUUUCACAUUAUUAUAAUUAUGAUACAAAUGUUUGAUCCUGUUUAGGGUGAUAAGAUUUCUGUCACAACCAUGAGCCAUGUGAUGAGAUAUAUAAUUCCACAGUGUCAUAUUGGUCAUCUGUCUUUGUCUUCAAGUCUGUCCAUCAUAAUAUUUCAGUUUUAUUAUAGUAGUGACCCUUUUUCAUCUUAAGAUCUGUUUUUUUAUGUUUCCAAAGUAUCUUUGCUUCAAGGUUUAUCUUCUGAUAGUUUUUACAGUAUCUGCCUUUAUUGUUGUCAGAUCUGUGUUUCAUGAUAAUUGCCGUUAUCUUAUAGGUCAUAUUUCAUUGUUUUUAGACCUAUGCUUCUGAAUGAUUCCACAGUGUCAUACUAGUCAUCCUUUUGUGUCUUCAGACCUGUGUUGCUUGAUGGUCCCACAGUAGCUCACUGGUCAUCCUUUUUUUUGUCUUUGGUCUUAUGCUACAUGGCACUUGAUAGAGCAGGUGUGGUUGGUAUAUUGUUAUAUGUUCUUAUUUCUUUUACUCAUAGAAUGCCUUUUCGUCAUCCUUCUUCAGACCUGUGUUGCUUGAUGGUCCCACAGUAGCUUACUGGUCAUCCUUUUUUUUGUCUUUGGUCUUAUGCUACAUGGCACUUGAUAGAGCAGGUGUGGUUGGUAUAUUGUUAUAUGUUCUUAUUUCAUUUACUCAUAGAAUGCCUUUUCGUCAUCCUUCUUCAUAGCUGUGUUUCUUGAUAGUUCCACAGUAGCUUUCUGGUCAUCUUUUUUUUUUGUCUUUAGGUCGGUGUUAUCAUAUUGAUUUUCUGUCUUUGUCUUUGAACAUUUAUUGAUAAUUUUACAAUAUCUUGCUAUAAAUUUCCAUUGGCAGAUCUGGCUGACCAAGAUGUUUUAAUGUAAUUUUUAUACCUUUAUCUUGCUUGUAGUUUGUUUAUAUUUUAGGUAAGUGAAGUACAUUUUUAAUGUUUUAUUUUUAUGUUUUUAUGAAUAUAUUUUAUAUACCGGUAAAUCUCUUCAGUCAUCUGUAGAGUGAUAAAUAUUGUUUCUUAAUAAUUAAUCUUUGUAUCUUUUGUUGGAACAGGUGUGAAAUAAAUAUUCUAUUAAUGAUGUGUAGUAACAUUUUUUACUAGAUGUGUGUAAAAGCUCAGUUAGCUGAAGUAAAAAUAUUUUGUUGAGGACUACUCAAUACGUAGUCCAGAAAAGAUGGAAUCCACUGUAGUUAUUUCAUAGAGGAGACAGUUUGUUAGCUGUUGUUGUAUUAAACAUUCCUCAAUAGAAGUGAUAUUUUAGACUUAUUGAGCUAGUCUAACUGCUGUGUUAGUAUGGAGAUCUUCUGAUUUAUAAGAAAUUAGGAAGGUUUUGACUUUGUGAAUGGUAAAUACAAAAACAUAAAAAUACAGAAUGCAAGAGAGGGGUUAUUAUUUUUGUCUUGAAUAUUCUCAGCUAUCACUUUUCAACUGCCUUUGUACUUAUUAUUAGACUAGACUAAAUGGUAAAUUCUUUCUAGCUCAGUAUGUGGUUCUUUGUUUGAUGUUGUGAGACAUGACUCAACAUGUCUGCCUCAAAACAAGGUAAGUUUACCAUGAUUAGAGCUCUCUAUCUGAUGCCUGCUGUGGGACAAAUAGAGUUGUUAGAAACUUGCAAGCUUGUUAACUAAAGGAGAAUUUCCAUCCAUAUAUAUAGUUUUGUGAGAGGUAAGCCAAUUGGAUAUUUGAACUUGUUUUACCUGAAUUGCAUUGUUAAUGGACUGGAUCUGUUCAGCCAGGACAUUUAUGUUAGACAAUGUUUUGAGCUGCUGAUAUUCAGUAUGCGUGUCUUGUAAAAUGGUUUGUCUUUGCUCUGUUAGAUUACUGAAUGUGCUGUUUGUCUUUAUAGCACCAAAAAGUAAGGAUUUCUUACUUAUUUUCUCUUGGGCUUAAGAAAGAACUGAUAUAUGGUAAUUACAAACUGUGAAAGGUUGGUCAACAAUACUUGGUCAACAGUAUUAGUAA